AUGGGAAACGUCUGGUCUAGAUCAGAGUCUCAAGGACAAUCACAGCAACCAGAGGUCAAGGAUGAAGUAGUCACCACUACCACCACAACUGUCGUGAAGGAGACAUCCACCAUUCAAGUGGGUGUGAAACGACCUGUCGAUGAUGGACUCGAGGUCAAAGGCGAAUCUGUCGAAGAGGUCCCUUCAAAAAGGCCCAAGAGAAAGGACGGUUGGGCCAAGAAAGCCAAACAGAACAACAACAAAAAAGAGCCAAAGGGAGACAGAAAGGAAAAGACGCUUCAGACAAGACCUGAACAUUUGGGUCCUAGAGAGCCUCGUAUUCCCAAGAAGAAGGUUGCUCUGUUUGUGGGAUUCAAUGGAACAGGAUAUCAAGGCAUGCAGUUAAAUCCCAAUUGCAAUUCCAUUGAGAGUGUGUUAUUUGAUGCCAUGGUCAAGGCAAAUGCCAUUUCCAAGGACAACAGCGACGAUGCAAAAAAAUCAGCCUGGAUGCGUGCUGCUCGUACAGAUAAGGGCGUCCAUGCUGCUGGCAACUUGCUUUCGCUCAAAAUGCAAAUCCCAGAAGACUACGAUGUUGUCGAACGUAUCAACAGCUUCUUGCCACCACAGAUCCGUGUGUGGGGUUAUGUUCCCUGUAUCCGAUCUUUCCACGCCAAAAACCUAUGCGAUUCCCGCGUGUACGAAUACUUACUGCCAACAUGUGCCUUUAUGGCUCCCGAAAAGAAGAUCUUGACCGACACACCUACCUAUGAAGACGAUCUGGUCAUCUCCAACAACAACCCAACAAACCCCAUUGUCAAAUAUGCCACUCGCAGCACACCUGAGUUGAAGCAACAGCGACAUGAUUACAGAGCAACGCAAGAACAAUUAGACACAUUCACUGCAGCCAUGAAGAUCUUUGAAGGCACACACAACUUUCACAACUACACCAAUGGCAAGUCCUUUAAAGAGAAGAGCGCUCACCGUUAUAUCAUGAGUAUCGAUGUGUCCAAGCCCAUGUACAUUGAUGGAUCAGAAUGGGUCAGCAUCAAGUUGCACGGUCAAUCCUUCAUUUUGCAUCAAAUUCGUAAAAUGAUCUCAAUGGGCAUGCUUGUCACUCGUUCGAAUACACCCAUUUCAUUGAUCCCCAAGACAUUCGAAGAAAAUAAGAUCAACAUCCCCAAGGCACCUGCAUUGGGUCUGUUGUUGGAGCGUCCCAUUUUCAAAGUGUACAACGACAAGAUGAGAUCAAAGGCCAAUCAAGUUGAGCGAGAUAUUGUUGAUUUCGAUGUGUACAAGGACAAGAUCAACGCAUUCAAGGAAGAAUGGAUCUACAAAAAGAUCUUCGAGGCCGAGAAUCAAGAGCAUGUUUUUGACGGUUAUUUGACCUCUCUGGAUGCUCAUCUCGGCGAUGAUUACAAGUAUUUGAAUCCUGAAGGUGUGAUUCCAGACAUUUGCCUCGUUAGCACAAAGUACAAUAGACCCACCAAGCAUGAGUCGGAAGACGAGGAGGAACAUGAUGAUGAAUAA